CGAGCCAUUUUGUCGAACAACGUCUCAUUCCAUCCAAUACCCAGAAAAGACGUCGCACAGUAGCUAUUGACCCACACUGAAUAGGCGGAUGAUUUCUUAGAGAAAUCAGGCCGUGAAGACAUUGCUCCAAGUCCAGAUAACACGACACUCCACAUGGGUCCCCGGAUAAUAAGCUUCAAACAGAUGCAACCACAUGCCUUGUUGGUUUCCAAGAUAAAUCUCCAAAUGGCACAAGUCAAGGCGGCUGCCAAACGAGUCAAACAUUUCCGGCUUUCCACUCAACGCAACCCCAAAGAUUUUCAAGCACGCCUUAAAUUGUUGGCGGAUCAGCCACCGAGACGACGACGGCAAAGAAACUUGAAGCAAUGGCGAGACCGUUUUGCGGCCGUCUCAUGUUCUUCUCCGAGGUUACAGCCGUCGCCAUCCUCGCGGCGGCGGCGCUGCUGCCGGUGGGCUCCCAUGCGCGGGUCUGCCCCCCGUGCGGCUCGACGGCGGUGCCGUACCCGCUGAGCACGGCGGCCGGGUGCGGCGACCCGGCGUACAAGGUCCGGUGCGCGGCCGGCACGUCGGCGCUCUUCUUCGACGCGCUCAACGGCACCUCGUACCCGAUCACCUCCGUCUCGCCGGCGGAGCAGCGCCUGGUGGUCUCCCCGGCGCCGCUGGUGUCCAACGACACGUGCGUGUCCGUGGGGGCCGCCGCCGGCCGCGGCGUGCAGCUGGACCCGUCGCUGCCCUUCAACGUGAGCUCCUCCAACACCAUCAUGCUCCUCAACUGCACGUCCGCGCUGCUGCGCUCCCCGCUCAACUGCUCGUCCAGCUCGCUCUGCCACGCCUACGCCGACGCCACGGCGUCGCCCUGCGCGCCGCUGCCGCUCUGCUGCACGUUCGUGGCGGGCGGGUCGUCGACGUCGCACCGGAUCCGUGCCUCGCCCGAGCUCUGCAGCGCCUACACCAGCUUCGUGGGGCUCGACCCCGCGCAGCCGCCGGCGACGUGGGGCGGCCGGCUCGGCUUGGAGCUGCAGUGGGCGACGCCGAGGGAGCCGGCCUGCCAGACGCAGGCGGACUGCGAGGACGGCGCCAACGCCACGUGCGCCGGUGACCCGGUCGCGGCCGGCGCGGUGCGGCGCUGCCUCUGCGUCCCCGGGCUCGCGUGGGACCCCGUCGCCGGCGCGUGCCAGCAGAUUCCUUCUGAUUGCGAGCGCAGUGGAGACUGCGAGGGAUCCAACCGCGCGCCUAUCAUCGCAGGGAUAGUGUGCGGCCUGGGCGGCGCCCUGCUACUGAUAGCCGCAGGGCUAUUCCUCUAUCGGCGGCAGCGGCGCAUCCGGUUAGCCCGGGAGAGGUUGAUCAAGGAGCGCGAGGACAUCCUGAAUGCGAACAACUCCAGCGGCCGCACCGCCAAGAACUUCACCGGCCGCGAGCUCAAGCGCGCCACGGCCAACUUCUCCCGCGACAACCUCCUCGGCGUCGGCGGCUACGGCGAGGUCUACAAGGGCGCGCUCGCCGACGGCACCCUGGUCGCCGUCAAGUGCGCCAAGCUCGGCAACACCAAGUCCACGGACCAGAUCCUCAACGAGGUGCGCGUGCUGUCGCAGGUCAACCACCGCAGCCUCGUCCGCCUCCUCGGCUGCUGCGUCGACCUCCAGCAGCCGCUCAUGGUGUACGAGUUCAUCCCCAACGGCACGCUCUCGGACCACCUCUAUGGCGCUAUGAGCCAGCCGCCGCUCCCGUGGCGCCGGCGCCUGGCCAUCGCUCGCCAGACGGCCGAGGGCAUCUCCUACCUGCACUUCUCCGCCUCGCCGCCCAUCUACCACCGGGACAUCAAGUCCAGCAACAUUCUCCUCGACGAGCAGCUGGACGGCAAGGUCUCCGACUUCGGGCUGUCCCGGCUGGCGGAGCCAGGGCUGAGCCACGUCUCCACCUGCGCGCAAGGGACGCUGGGCUAUCUCGACCCGGAGUACUACAGGAACUACCAGCUCACGGACAAGAGCGACGUGUACAGCUUCGGGGUGGUGCUGCUGGAACUGCUCACGGCGAAGCGCGCCAUCGAUUUCGGUCGCGGCGAGGACGAUGUCAACCUCGCCGUGCACGUGCAGCGGGCGGCGGACGAGGAGCGGCUCCUGGACGUGGUGGACCCGGCCAUGAAGAACCGCGCCACACAGUUGGAGCUCGACACUAUGAAGGCGCUUGGGUUCUUAGCGCUCGGUUGCCUCGAGGAUCGCCGGCAGAACCGUCCGUCCAUGAAGGAAGUCGCCGACGAGAUCGAGUAUAUCAUCAACAUUGAGGCUGGGGCCGCUGCCGUCGAGCAGGAGCAGCAAAACCCAUGAUUGAUGACCGUGAAAUCCGUGAUACAUACCCUAGAUCUAAGCCCUGUACUACUAUAUAUGCAUCUUUGGCAUGUUAUCGAUGUUGUACGCUAGGGUAAUAGUGUUGAGGUCAAUGACGCCUAAUUAGGAGCACCACAAUUACUCCCAUCGUCAUCUAUAUACUACUCCCCGUUCUUAAA